AUGAGCCUCAAACUCCAGGAGCUUAUAGGUGUGGCAGAUGUCUCCGGCGCCGUGGAUCACACCUUCUCAGCAACACCAAGAGAUAGGGAAAGAACGUGUUACACAUCUCUCAUUUCUGACAUCUGUUACCCACCUCGGGAGGAUUCUACAUAUUUCACUGGAAUUCUUCAGAAGGAAAAUGGCCACAUCACCACCUCAGAGAGCCCUGAGGAGUUGGGUAGCCCUGGACCCUCCUUACCAAAUGUGCCUGCAAUGGAGCCUCGUGGCUUAUUUAGUUCUGAUUCUGGAAUAGAGAUGACUCCUGCAGAAUCCAUUGAAGUCAACAAGAUCUUAGCAGACCCCCUGGACCAGAUGAAAGCAGAAGCCUAUAAAUACAUUGACAUAACCAGGCCAGAGGAGGUGAACCAUCAGGAACAACGUCACCCCAAGUUGGAAGAUAAAGACUUGGACUGUAAGAAUAAGGACAUUGAAAUCUCAGCAAAACCUCAAGGGGUCCAUGAACCUGACAAACCAGUUCCUGUGGAGGGAAACAUCAUCAAGGACCAUUUAUCUGAAGAGUCCACAUUUGCUCCUUACAUAGAUGAUCUCUCUGCAGAACAGCACAGCCCUCCUCUGAUCAGUGCCCCUGUCAAAAUCACGCUGACGGAGAUUGAGCCUUCUGUUGAAACUGCUACCCAAGAGAAGACCCCCGAGAAGCAAGACAUCUGUCUGAAGCCAAGUCCUGACACUGUCCCCACAGUCACCGUCUCAGAGCCUGAAGAUGACAGCCCAGAAUCUGUUACCCCUCCAUCUUCUGGAACAGAACCAUCUGCUGCAGAGUCCCAGGGGAAAUGCAGCAUCUCCGAGGAUGAGCUGAUCACCGCCAUUAAAGAAGCAAAGGGCUUAUCGUAUGAAACCUCGGAGAGCCCACGGCCGGCGGCCCAGGCGGCCGACAGACCCGAGGCCAAGGCCCGCUGUGGGCUGCCGACCCUCCCCAGUCCCCUGGACCAUGAGGCCAGCAGCGCGGAGUCGGGGGACUCCGAGAUCGAGCUGGUGUCGGAGGAGCCGAUGGCCGCCGAGGACGCGCUGCCCUCGGGCUACGCGAGCUUCGGCCACGUGGGCGGCCCCCCGCCUUCGCCUGCCUCGCCGUGCGUCCAGUACAGCAUCCUGCGGGAGGAGCGCGAGGCCGAGCUGGACAGCGAGCUCAUCAUCGAGUCGUGCGACGCCUCCUCUGCCUCGGAGGAGAGCCCCAAGCGGGAGCAGGACUCGCCCCCGAUGAAGCCGAGCGCCCUGGACGCCAUCCGGGAGGAGACGGGCGCCCGGGCCGAGGAGCGCGCGCCCAGCCGGCGGGGCCUGGCCGAGCCGGGCCGCUUCCAGCAGGAGCCCACCGUGGAAGCUGCGAGCUGCGACCGAGGUCCCGAGGCCACGGAGCACCCUGGGCCGCGAGCUCCUGGCGCCGCGCCCCCGCUGCUGUUUCUCAAUAAGCAGAAAGGUAACGUGACGUCUGCUCUGAUGGAAGCAGGGUCGUCUGCUUAG